GGCCCAAGAUGCAGCGCGAGCAAGAAGACCGUCUCUAACCGGCCAUUUUGAGGCUAAUUGGAGCGAUUUCUGCAAUCUUGCAGCAUCCAGGGAGAAUCUGCACUUGAGGGGCCCCAUCAUGCCCGGGAACUUACAGGAAGGCUUCGGCUGCGUCGUAACCAAUCGGUUCGACCAACUAUUUGGCGAUGAAUCCGACCCGUUCGAGAUCUUAAAAGAGGCUGAAAUCAAGAAAGACAAGAAGGAGAAAGACAACAAGACGGCCGGGUCAAAACAGCAGCCCAAGAAGGAAUCUUGUAUUUUAGGUGUCAGAAGGGUUGGCAGGAAGCCUGAGCAGCAGCAGUCUCAAGGUGAAGGGAAACCUGGUGAAAGGAGGCCAGACAGAAGACCACCACCUCGUGAACGACGCUUUGAUAGACCUAUUGAAGAAAAAGCUGAUGGUGGUGAAUUCUCCUCUGAAAAGCCUGUUGAUCGUGACCGACCUUUGCGUGGACGUGGAAGAGGACGUGGUCGUGGUCGUGGCCUGGGAAGGAGUGAUGGUUUUGACUCCCGUGGAAAACGUGAAUUUGACAGGCAUAGUGGAAGUGACCGAUCUGGCCUGAAACCAGAAGACAAACGGGGUGGCAGUGGAUCACACAACUGGGGAACAGUAAAAGAUGAACUUGGUGAACUUGAUCAAUCAGCUGUUACUGAAGAGACACCUGAGGGAGAUGAACAACAAGUAGUUGACUCUGAGAACAAGGAAAACGAAGUAGAAGAGGUUAAAGAAGAAGGUCCAAAGGAAAUGACCCUGGAUGAGUGGAAAGCCAUGCAAGAUAAAGAACGAGCAAAAGCUGAGUUUAAUAUCCGCAAACCUAAUGAGGGUUGUGACAGCAGUCAGUGGAAGAAGGGUUUUGUUUUGCGCAAACCUAAAACUGAAGAGAAACGUUUUGAAAGCGAGGCAGAUGUCCAUCAUUUGGAAUAUACGGUCUCUGAUGAAUCUGGUUUGGAACAUCACUUCCGCAAACCAGCAAAUGAUAUAACCUCCCAGCUGGAAAUCAAUUUUGGUGAUUUGGGUCGCCCUGGCCGUGGCGGCAGAGGGGGCCGAGGUGGCCGUGGACGUGGUGGUGGCAGGAGCGUCCGUGGAAUGAGGACUGACAAGGUAUCGACUUGUCGAAUAUUACAUUCAAGCAUCUCUGUUCCAAAUGUUGAUGAUCCAGAAGCUUUUCCAGCCCUGGCCUAAGUGGAUGUUGUCAGCCUGGCCUGAAGUCCUCGGGGAGGGGGGCCCCUCAAAGAGGCUUGCAUGCUUAAGGAACCUGUCUCAACUAACAUUAACAGAAAAAAAAGGAAAAAAAAACUGUCAUCCAUGUCAUUCAUACCUACGAACUGUCCACUGGAAUUGUUGAAAUGGACUUCUCUUGCUACACAGAAGCAACAAAUGGCAGUAGCUGGUUUUAUAUCCACAAAAAAAGUAAAUGGUAGCAGAGGAAAAAAAGCUGUUUUCAUAAUAAAUUUUCAGAAAUUA